UCUAAGAACGCUCUCACAAAACACAGAUUUCAGUUUCACCAUCGUCGCCAUCAACCUUUUCCUUCCUUCCACUGCAAUUCAAUCCUAGUCUGUUGCUUUUUUGAUAAUCACACACACACACACACACACACACAAAUAUAUAUAUAUAUAUAUAUAUAUAUAACGGUACACGGUGUGAGAAGGAGACGACAUUCAUCGUCUUCAACUAUGGAAAAAGGCACUUCUUUUUUGUUCGCUGGAAUCCAUUUUAAUAAGAAGAAAUUCUCCAGAGACUUUUCCAGAUUCCAGGAGAAGAGGGAAAAUGAUGAAUUGGUUGAGAAUUUGAGCUUGAACGAAAAUAGAGAAUUAGAAGAAGAUGAAGAAGAGAAAGUAGAGGAGAAAGUACGUGUGAAGAAGAGGAAGAGAAAGGCAGUUGGUUCUGGACCUUCUGAAUCUGUGGAGGGAUUCAACAUUUUCAAGAGUUCAAAAUCAGUUGAAGCUAUCGUGAAAGAAGAGAAUGAGAAAACUGAGAAAAAACUCUCCCAAGAGAAAAAGAAAUUUUAUCAGCAACAAGAGCGGGAUGCACUUUUCAGGAAGGAGCAUAACAUCCACGUUUCUGGGAAUAAUAUCCCAUCUCCACUUACAGAUUUCGCAGAGUUAAGCUCGAGAUAUGGAUGUAAGGCGAAAUUAUUACGUAAUUUGGCAGAACUUGGAAUUAAAGAGCCAACACCAAUCCAAAGGCAGGCUAUACCAAUCCUCUUAUCUGGACGGGAAUGCUUUGCCUGUGCUCCAACUGGGUCUGGCAAAACCUUGGCUUUUGUUUGUCCCAUGCUUAUGAAACUUAAGCCUGCUUCUAAAGAUGGUGUUGGAGCUGUAAUACUUUGCCCUACACGUGAAUUGGCAUCUCAAACAAUUAGAGAGUGUAAAAAGUUUGCCGAGGGAAGUAAAUUUCGUAUAAAGCUGAUGACUAAACAGCUUAUACGAAAAGCUGACUUAUCAAAGUUCUCUUGUGAUAUACUAGUAUCCACUCCACUUCGGUUAAAGUUGGCUAUUCGAAAGAAAAAGUUGAAUUUAAGCAGGGUUCAAUAUCUUGUAUUGGAUGAAUCUGAUAAGCUAUUUGAGCUUGGCUUGCUAAAGCAGAUUGAUUGCAUAGUCAAAGCAUGCUCAAAUCCUUCAAUAGUACGCUCAUUGUUUAGUGCUACUUUACCUGAUUUUGUCGAGGAGCUUGCACGUACAAUAAUGCAUGAUGCUGUUCGAGUUAUUAUUGGCAGAAAGAAUACGGCUUCCGAAAAUGUCAAGCAAAAGUUGGUUUUUGCUGGAAGUGAAGAAGGGAAACUUUUAGCACUUCGUCAAAGCUUUGCAGAGAGUCUGAAUCCGCCUGUGUUAAUCUUCGUCCAAAGCAAGGACAGAGCUAAGGAACUGUAUGGAGAACUGUUAGUUGACAACAUUAGAGUUGAUGUCAUCCAUUCUGAUCUGACACAGGAACAGCGAGACAGUGCUGUUGAUAACUUCAGAGCUGGCAAAACAUGGGUUUUAAUCGCCACUGAUGUUAUUGCCCGAGGUAUGGAUUUCAAAGCAAUCAACUGCGUGAUCAAUUAUGAUUUUCCAGAUUCUACUUCUGCAUACAUUCACAGGAUUGGUCGAUCUGGCCGAGCAGGAAGGAGUGGGCAAGCCAUUACUUUAUACACAGAGGAGGACAUUCCAUUUUUGCGAAACAUAGCCAACGAGAUGAAAAGCUCUGGCUCUGUGUUUCCAUCUUGGGCUCUUGGCUUGCAGAAAAAGAAGUGGAAGAAACACCGGCCUCGAAGAGAUACAAUCUCAACAACCCCUCAAGAUAAGGGAGAAAAAAAGAAAUAAACAAUAAGUUUUCCCAGUUAUCAGUUUUAGACUACAUUGUAUCUGUUUUAAUUUAUUUGGCUAUAGGCUACAAAAUUUUGCACACCUGAAAUGUUCUAGGAUGAUUAUUGCUGUGUUUUGGUCUAAUGCUCAAUAUCAAGCUGGUUUACUUUUGAAUGAAA